UUAGAGCCCUUUCACACGGCACGAACUUGACAGUUCGCCAGUUCGACGAACAUUGCUCAAAUACAAAUUUAUGAAUGAAAUUCUGAGAGUUCGCGUGGUUCGCGAACUGGUCGUGUGUGAACACAGGACGAACUCUGAUGAGCAGUAAUCUAAACCGGAUCCAAGACUUGAGUUCUCCAUGAUCAAAUUAAAUCAAAAAUUUUCGGUUACACAUUUAAAAUAAAAUUAAUAAAUUAAAUCCAAAUUUUGUUUUUCUUAUGGCUUGUGUUUAGAAUGUUUGAACACUUGAGAAUGAUAUUCUUUUUGUUAUUAUAUUCUUCUUAAACCGAUCUAAACUGUUGUAUUAUCGGUUUUCUGGAGAUUCUUCAUCAAAACACAUGGUUGUAUCGGUAAACAAUCAUGUUCGUAUCGGAAUUCUGCGAAAAUAAAACCCAAAGCAGAUACUUGAUUGAACAAGUAUACACAGGAAACAAAUUAGUUCCCCACCAACUAUCGUCAAUCGUACAUCGUUUGUUGCGUCUGGAUAGUCAGUGUUAUAAUGUAUGGAAACAGUGCAACUUUUUUGAGAUUAAUUUCGAUGUACCGCCUACGACAAACCCUUCGGGAUCGUAGAUGGUGGACACGUCCUAUGUUGUACCGUCGAAACGAAGAUGGGAGUCGCCUUCUUGCGGACAUGGCAGACGAAGCAGCAGACGAUACGGUCCUUAAAUUUUUAAGAAUGACCCACGAUGAUUUCGAUUGGCUUUUGGAUAAAAUAUCCCAUAAAAUAAAGAGGGAAGAUACCAACAUGCGUUUAUCGAUAACACCUAGGGAAAGGUUGUUAAUUACACUCCGCUUUCUGGCUACUGGUGAAACGUAUAGUAGCUUGUCUUUUCUUUUUCGUGUUGGUGUUUCUACAAUAAGCAGCAUUGUACCGGAAGUGUGUGAAUGUUUGAUUCAAGUGCUCCAGGAUUAUAAAAUCAAUAUUUUUAAACAUGUGCAUCAUUACGAUUCAUUAAUAUUAAUUUUAUUAACAUAUUUAUUUAAAAAUGCUUUCUUUAUUUUACAGUUGCCUAAUACACCAGAUGAAUGGUUAGAAGUAUCAAAUCAGUUUGAGCAGAAAUGGAACUUUCCCCGAGCUCUCGGAGCAUUAGACGGAAAACACAUAAGAAUACCAAAACCAAUUGAUUCAGGAAGUGACUACUAUAAUUAUAAAGGAUAUUUUAGUAUAAAUCUUAUGGCAAUUGUAGAUGCCAACUACAACUUUAUGUACGUUGAUGUAGGAGGUAAAGGCGGAAUAUCGGAUGGGGGUAUAUUCAGAAAUUCUAGAAUUCACGCAUUAUUUGAAAAUAAUGAACUUAAUAUACCCGAACCCAAAGAGUUGCGCGUUCCAUACGGGAUUAAAGUACCGUACAUGCUCGUUGCUGAUAAGGCUUUUGCGUUUACAAAUUACUGUAUUCGUCCUUAUGGAGGGUAUAAUAUUGCAGGGUCAUUAAAACGCAAUUUCAAUUAUCGUCAUUCAAGAGCUCGACAGGUUGUUGAAACUGCAUUUGGAAUACUGUCCAAUAUGUUUAGAAUAUUUCAUACCAGUAUAAAUUUGCAGCCAGAUGUUGUGACAACGGUCGUACUGGCUGCUAUACAUUUAUAUAAUUUUAUUCGCAAAAGAAAUCCUCAUACGAAUUUCACAGCGCAAAGUGAUGUUGUCAACGAUACACACCAAACCGAAAAUUCUAGCUCGCUCGAUUCAACAGACCGCGCUGCAGUAAGUUCGGCAAGAGCAACAGCGGAACUGAUGAGAAUAAGAGACCAUCUUGCAAAUUAUUUACUUCUUAAUGAUCCAAUACGACAAAGUAAUGUUUGAUGGAAUAUCUAUCUUGGCAUAAUCUGAUUUAUUACCUUUUUAUCAAAUAAUGUAAAUGAAUUAUUAACUCUAACGUUAAAUGAAUUAUUUAACUCUAAUUAUGAAUUGUUAUAUUAAUCAGUUAAAUAGAACAGAACUGUUGCAGGCAUUUUCAAAAAGUAUAAUAAAAAUGUUUAGAAAGUUUAAGUAAUGUGUUUUUUUAUCUUCUUACCGUGUCUCUGGUGAAGCCCACAUCCAUCGUUUCGCGGAGGAAUAGCAUCGGUACAUAACCGAACCAAGUUGGUUUGUAAACUUGUUGUGCACCUAAAAAGUAUCAUUUUAUUUUAUCAUUCAAGUUUAAUUUCAAGUAUUAUCAAGUUAUAUUUCUUAUCAUUCUUACCAGCCCCAGAACGACAGCUUUGCUUAGCUUUGGCGUUGUUGGUGCGA